AUGGUGUCUGGUGGUGAAAAGUCGAUUCUUGAAAAAAUUGAAGCUUUAAUUGCUCCUCCAUCUGGAAGAGUAAAAAAAUUACCACCGUGGAAGCCGCCAAGUCGAUGGAAAUCAUUGAAUUCACAGCACUGCAGCUCUUGUAAAGAAGGUGGUGAACUGCUGUGCUGUGACCGUUGUCCGGCAUCAUUUCAUUUAAUGUGCCAUCAGCCCCCUAUUGAUAAAAAGGAUAUCCCCAGUGGGAAAUGGCUGUGCAAUCGGUGUCAUUAUGAAGUGAUGGACAAAACUGCUUCUUAUAAAAGGGAUGCAUCAUUAAAUGAAUCCGCACGAAAUGAUGCAGCAUUAUCAAGGUUAAUUGAAAGCUGCGGAUCGAAGCAUCCAUUGGCUGUAUUAGCAGAUGCUGCUUUGGUUUUGAAUGCUCAAAGAUUCAGUUUACCACCUAAUAUUGAUAGUGACAAUUUCCAACUACCUUACGACGAAGCGCAACCAAAUCAUUGGGUGCCUUCCAUAAAAUCAGUGUGCCAUAUAUGUUGCACCAGUAAGGAUAGUUGUCCACUAAUACAGUGUGAUUUUUGUCCGCUUCUUUAUCACCUUGAUUGUUUAACUCCACCGCUCACUGUGCCUCCAAAAGAUAAGUGGAUGUGUUCUGCUCAUCUAGAGAACUUUAUUGAUAGAAAACUUUUAUCUUCUUUGUCGCUAUCAGAAAGAAAAUAUUUGUGGAAAAAAUAUGCCCGCCAGCCAGUUGAUGAAUAUAUUGUAAAAAUGACUUUUUUGAAAAAAAUUUCAGACGAACAUCGAGAACGUGGAACAAGUUCACCUUCAGAUAUAACCGAAGGACGAUUAGUUGUGCCAAGAGCUGUUAAGGAAUUGUAUGAAAAACGAUGGAGAAGCUAUCGGAAUCCUGAUCACCCAACUUUGGCUGACCAAGAAGAAUGGGUUGAAAGCAUUUUGCGAAUGCACAAAAAUGUUAAACAAAUUUGUGAACAACUUAAAUGUGGUGUUGCCAAAAGUUGUACUUCAAAAGUUGUGGAUAAAUUGGAAUUCGAGCAAAAUGCAAAUUCAGAAAUUGAUUCUACAAAAUCAGAUCAAAGAAGCUUCGGAAAGAUACAAAACGUAAAUUCUGAAGAAAUCACUUAUGAGUCUGAUAAAUGGCUUUCACAGACUCUCCCUGGCAAUGCGUUCUAUAUCUCUCGUUUUUUUGACAGUGCUGUGAAUGAUCCUAUCAAAGUAAAAUUAAAGCGUAUUCGUGACCGUUGUAUCGAUUUAUUAAGCGAUGCUACCAAGAAUAAGGACGAUUGUGUUAUUGCCGCAUUUGCAUUGCAACGCAUUGAUGAAUUAAUUAAGUCAAAUUUUUAUGAAAUGUCAAGACCAAAAAAAUUAAAAUUCGAUGAAUGUACUUUUCGCAGUAGAUAUCCGGUGUUAGCAGUUUUAAAAGGUGAUAAAGUCGACGCGAUUCCGAUACAAAAGACUUCUGUAACGAUGGGAAAUAGUUCAGAAUGUGAUAUCGAUUUGCAAAGGUUUCCCUCGUCAUGCACUGGGAUACUUAGCUAUCAUGCUAAUUUGAUGUUCGAUAGGGCAACACAAAAAUUUGAAUUAAUAUUAAAACAUGGAGCUUUGGCUCGUGUUGAUGGAAUUUAUUAUUCGAUAAAUGGACGACCAGCGCCUAAUCCUUGCAUUUUAUGUGCUGCUGAUAUGCAAGAAAUGAUGAGAGGUUCAGUUGCAUUAAGACAUGGGAGUAUUAUUGAUAUUGGUUGUUGCCGGCUUAUAUUUGCUUCAUUUUUUAGUUAA